CCGUGCAAAUCGAAUUUUCUUCAUCGUUCCUCGUUAAAUUAUUCGCAAAGCUGGAACUGGCCAUGUCACUCAAAUCACAAGACGAUAUCCCGCUGGCGGAUGACGAUUUAGAAGUCAUCAUCAACGAUGACGAAAGCAGCAAGUACAUGUGCAAUGGUCGUUCGCUCGAUUCAAUUGCCAGUUCGUACACGAACGGCAACUCGAGCCCACAACAGUUUCUCGAAAACGAAAGCCCGGACGCGGACGAGCAGGAAGAGAAGGCCCGUCUCAUUGCUCAGGUGCUGGAGCUACAGAACACGCUGGACGAUCUAUCCCAGCGUGUGGACAGUGUGAAGGAGGAAAAUCUCAAGCUACGCUCCGAGAACCAGGUGCUCGGGCAGUAUAUCGAAAAUCUGAUGUCCGCUUCGUCGGUGUUUCAAUCGACCACACCGAACAAUGUGCAGAACAAGAAAAAGUAA